UAUCCUCAACAACCCAGAGAGCUGUAAAGUUGAAUUAAGGAAACACCAUCCUGGUGAUCUAAAGCUUUAAUAACACAGUUUAUGGUACAGUUUUAUGCGCCCUGGCGCGAGCAGGCGCGCAACAGAAGGUGAGCGCACUUAGGCGAAUAUUUGGCCGUUUGAGCCAGCCACCGAAACAUAACUGUGAAAAAGUUAAGCCACCGACAGAAGAAUAACGGGAAGCUAUAAUGUCUAAUUCCGCCCCCUGUCAGGGGGACGCACGGAGAUCUUCUGGUGUGGCACGUGGAAAGAGACCACCGGAUUUGGAGCUUUCGGAAACCACGUUUAGCGCGCCUGAACCGGGGACACCUGUGGGCAACGAGACCUUUUCUGAAAGAGACAAAAUGCCAGAGGACGGUAACAUUCCCACUGAGGUACCCCCUGUUCACCUCCACCCCUACUUAUCCCAUCCUCGGAUGUCUGUGCGGAUGUCGGUGUACAGCACCGGGGUCCGGCCAGUCCUCACCCGCGCCUACAUUCAAGGACGCGUUUAUAACUUUCUGGAAAGGCCGUCUGGCUGGAAAUGCUUCGUGUAUCACUUCACAGUGUUUCUCAUAGUUCUGGCCUGUCUGAUCCUGAGUGUCCUCUCUACCAUUGAUGAGUACCAGGCCCUGGCUCACACAACGCUCUUCUGGGUGGAGAUCGUCCUUGUGGUGUUCUUCGGUGUGGAAUAUUUUGUCCGCCUCUGGUCAGCAGGCUGCCGCAGUAAAUAUGUUGGCAUCUGGGGCCGACUGCGCUUUGCCAGGAAGCCAAUAUCUAUUAUAGAUCUGAUUGUAGUUGUUGCCUCAAUAAUUGUGCUGUCGGUGGGCUCCAAAGGCCAGGUGUUUGCCACCUCUGCUGUAAGGGGGAUUCGCUUCCUGCAGAUCCUGCGUAUGCUUCAUGUUGAUCGGCAGGGAGGAACGUGGCGUCUCCUGGGCUCUGUUGUCUUCAUCCAUCGGCAGGAGCUGAUCACAACCUUAUACAUUGGCUUUCUGAGCCUGAUCUUCUCCUCGUACUUUGUCUACCUGGCAGAGAAAGAUGCAGUCGACGGCAGCGGCUCCAGCGAGUUCGGAAACUACGCUGACGCUCUGUGGUGGGGAGUGGUGACAGUAACUACCAUCGGCUAUGGAGACAAAGUGCCACAAACCUGGAUUGGAAAGACUAUUGCAUCCUGUUUCUCAGUCUUUGCCAUUUCCUUCUUUGCCCUGCCUGCAGGAAUCUUAGGCUCAGGCUUCGCCCUCAAGGUGCAGCAGAAGCAAAGACAGAAACACUUCAACAGACAGAUCCCUGCAGCCGCCUGUCUCAUUCAGACAUCAUGGAGAUGUUUUGCAGUGGAAAACUUUGAGUCGGCCACAUUCAAGAUGUUUUUAAGAAAGCGAUCCAACGUCCCCGCCUCCUCUUUGGCCACCCCCAAGCCCAAGAAAUCGGUGAAGAUAAGGAGGAAGCUGAAGAGCACUGACAAGGACAACGGUCUGACUUCUCCCACAAUUCCCAGUAUCACUUUCGACUCGGUGUUUGACAGUGGGAGGGAGCUGAGUUCAGAUGUUUACAGCACUGUGGGCACAGAUCGUGAGCAGUCCUGGACGUCUUUAUCCUCCCUUCAGUUCAGCUCACCACCUCCAGUGAAAAGAAACCCUGGCCUUCUGGAUGUCCACUCCCCCCGCCCCCUCCAGAGGAACUGCAGCUUUGCAGACGACCUGGAGCUGGAGUCAGAGCGAGACAGUGAACUGGCUCCUGCCACCUCGGUGUCACAGCUGACAGAGUCACACCGGAAAGCUAUCCGGGUGAUCCAGAGAAUGCGUUAUUUUGUGGCCAAGAGAAAUUUUCAACAAGCUCGUAAGCCGUAUGAUGUGCGAGAUGUGAUCGAACAGUACUCGCAGGGUCACCUCAACCUCAUGGUGCGGAUCAAGGAGUUACAGAGAAGACUGGACCAGUCCUUAGGGAAGAUAACUUUGUUCCAGACAGGCUCAGACAGAGCCAGAGACAAAGGCAACAACUCUAUUGGAUCCCGACUCAACAGGAUGGAGGAUAAGAUAACACACAUGGACCAGACACUGAACCGCAUCGCAGAGUCCCUCACCUUUCUGCUGGACCAGAGGGAUGCUGGUGGGGGCGAAGGUGGAGGAAGGCCGAGACCACGGCUUGGACGGACCUGUAAUGUCCUCCCCAGCCAGGACAGUCUGCCAAGCUACGACCAGCUGUCUUCAUCACCUUUGUCCUUCUCCUCCAACAUCGCCAGCAGAGCAGCCUGCCCCAACCCUCCCAUCAGCUCCACUGCCAGUCUGGAUGAGAGCUGCUGAAACCUGAAGCCAGACAGCCCAUCUAUCUAUCUAUCUAUCUAUCUAUCUAUCUAUCUAUCUAUCUAUCUAUCUAUCUAUCUAUCUACCUAUCUAUCUCUCUAUCUGUCUGUCUGUCUGUCUGUCUAUCUAUCUAUCUAUCUAUCUAUCUAUCUAUCUAUCUAUCUAUCUAUCUAUGCAGCUAAUACUGAAAGGCACAUCUAGCGUCUGCUUUGCUGAAUGUUGGCAUUAUGAUAUUUAUGUGAAAUAUCUCAUCAGACCACUUGGGAUAUGAUUCGUUUGUGAAAGAGAAACAACAGUUCAACACUGCAAAGAAAUGAUUUCCCUUUUGGAUUGCUGUAUAGUAGCUCUCUGUUUUAAAUAUUAUACUUGAGAUGUAUUCAGGCUAAUGCCAAAGACACUGCCACUGCCAAGGUAUCAUGUACUGUGAUUCAGUAUCCUGUACUCUUUUGAAAUAACUAAUUUAAUUACAUUCAUCUUGGGGGAGAGGCCUUAUGUUUCAAUACUCCACUUGAAAAGUUUCAGUUUAAUCAAAUGCUGUUUUCACUGUUUUAAUUUUACUUCACUUUAUUUUGUAAAUGUUUAGAAUUAUUCC